UACCAAAUCCCUUACUUGAUGAUGUAUAUAAAUUCCCUAGCGUAAGGCAGAAAUUCUGUGGUGAAGCAAAGUGCUGACCUCAUCCCAGAAUUAGCUACUACAGACAUCACCAAUUUCUUUUUGAAGACAAGAUCCUGCAAUUAGAAGAACAUGGCAAGUCUGAACUGGAGUUAUCAAGGCAACAGUAGACCCGACCAGUGGCACAAAUUAUACCCUAUUGCCAAUGGAAACCAUCAGUCCCCUAUUGACAUUAAAACCAAAAAAGAUCCAUCUCUGGGGCAUCUCAAGAUCACCUGGAAUUUGAGCAUCUGCAAAGAGAUUGUCAACGUUGGACACUCCUUCCAUGUGAACUUUGAGGACAAGGAUAACCGAUCAGUGGUGACCAGUGGACCUCUGACUGGAAACUACAGGCUGCAUCAGUUUCACUUUCACUGUGGCCAAACUGAGGACCAUGGCUCUGAGCACAAUGUGGACGGAGCAAAAUAUGCCGCAGAGCUUCACCUGGUUCACUGGAAUUCAGACAAAUAUUCAAGUUUUGCGGAGGCUUCAGAUAAGCCUGAUGGUUUGUCAGUCAUUGCUGUUUUUCUGAAGGUUGGUCCCCCUAAUGAACAUGUGCAGGAAAUUGUGAAGGCAUGACGUUCGAUAAAGACUAAGGUAAACAUCACAGCACGGGUAAAAAAAGCUCCAUUUACCAAUUUUGACCCAUCAACCUUACUUCCUGGAUCCUUGGAUUACUGGACCUAUCAUGGUUCUCUGACUCAUCCUCCCCUUUUUGAGAGCAUCACCUGGAUUAUCUAUAAGGAGCCCAUUACUAUCAGUUCAGAGCAGCUGGCCCAAUUCCACAGCCUCAUAUUGACCAAUCACCAGCUUCCCCAGCCAUUGAAGGGCAGAAAAGUGAGAACCUAAUUCCAGGUAAUUAAGAAUUAGUCAGAAGUGAAAUAUUUUCUCAAAACUUCUAUAUCUAAACAAAAGGCCAUAUAAGAAUUCACAAAAAUUAUUUUAAAAAGUGAAUCUCUGUUUAAGAUACAAUGCUCAUAUCCUGCCAGAUGCUAUUGCCAUUGAUUGUAAUGUAUUUACUGAAAUGAAUCUAUGUUUCUUGUGCAUUGUGAAGGAAAUGCAUUUUAAUGUGUGGCUUUUACCUUAAGUAUUUUAAAAUAUUUUUGGAAUAAUCACAUUUUUACUAAAUGUAUUCAAUAACCUAGAUAUUGUGGUGAUAAAUAGCAAAAAAAAUGCUUUGAAUAAUAUAAUAAAAUAAGUCAGUCAGUGUUCAUGCUUAGCUAACUAAUCAAAGAUUUCAUUUAACUAUAAUAAAUAUAUGUGUUAAUUUUUGCAAAGGCAUCACUUCUGUUAAUGCAAAUUUUAGCUGUUGUCAAUUGUUUGCACAAUAAAAAUUAAUAUAUUUGUC